CUCUUUGCAUAUCACGUGGCCAUGUCUUGGCCAAUGAUGGCACGCCCUCUCUGCACCCGUGCGCGUCAGAGUCCAGUACUGUCUCGGAAUCAGUAUCUCCUUUUUUCAGUCUCUGAGCUUUUAAAAAAAGAGCCAGAAGCCUCAAUGUUGGAUGUCGUGCUAUGACAACGUCACUGCUCCUCCGUCCUCGCUGGGUCGACCCGUCGGUGAUGUUCCUCUACGACAACGGCGGGGUUUCCGAUGAAGUGAGUAAGAACAUGGACGGCGGUUUUGCUGGAGGUAACUUUGCGGCGAACCAAUGCAGGAAUCUGAUGGCGCAUCCAGCGUCGUUGGCACCGAGCACUGCAUACUCGUCGACUGAUGUCCCCACUUCGGGCAUGGGCGAGCCAGCAAAGCAGUGCAGCCCAUGUUCGGCCGCGCAGAGCUCGUCAAGUGCGUCCCUGCCUUAUGGAUAUUUCGGUAGUGGCUACUAUCCGUGCAGAAUGUCUCAUCACAGCAGCAUUAAGUCGUGCGGCACGCAACCCCCCUCUGUGUACGGGGAGAAGUACAUGGACACGUCCGGAUCGGCCGAUGACUUCAACUCUCGGGCAAAAGAGUUCGCCUUCUAUCCAAGUUAUGCCUCAGGCCCCUACCAGCCAGUGUCUGGCUACCUGGACGUGCCCGUGGUGCCAACCAUGAGCGGGCCAGCGGAAGCCAGACACGAAACACUUCUGCCUAUGGAGAGCUAUCAGCCGUGGACUCUCACCACUAAUGGCUGGAACGGACAAGUCUACUGUGCCAAGGAGCAGCCACAGCCCGGCCACAUGUGGAAAUCAUCAAUAUCAGACACGGUGUCUCAUGCUGGAGGGGACGCAAGCUCCUACCGACGUGGAAGAAAGAAGCGCGUGCCAUACACCAAGGUGCAACUGAAGGAACUAGAACGCGAGUACGCCGCCAAUAAAUUUAUUACGAAGGACAAACGAAGGAGGAUAUCAGCACAGACGAACCUAUCCGAACGACAAGUCACUAUCUGGUUUCAAAACAGACGCGUAAAGGAAAAAAAGGUCGUUACUAAAGUGAAAACCAUCAGCUAGUUUUGACGGACAACGAUUGGAAUUAAAUGCCCCCCCCUUCCAACACACACACACACACACACACAUACACACCCUAACACACAAGCUCACUCCGCUUUUCGAUUUGAAGAACACACACUCUGUGGACAUGUUUCACAAAUGUCUACUUAGCCAAAUGAGUUACUGGAUCUAUAUGGACCUAAAAUGUAGGCACAUGACGCUGUACCUUCCCUGUUGUAAAAUAUUGUUAUGGUGUGUGAAGUUCAUAUCAAGAGGAAUGGAGUGUAUGGUUUUAUGCGACUUUUAUGGCAUGCAGUAUAGUAGCCAAAACCUAAGCUCAGGAAAGCAGACAUUCAGUGGUCUAGGCCUUUGUGGUGUACCUUUUACAUUCAUUUGUAGCUUCAUUCAGUGGUUUGAAACCCCACAGGAAGUGACGGACUUUAGAAUUUUAGACCUCCUUGUUAAAUAUUAAUCGAUUCCACUUCCCUUUAAAAUAUAGACUUGUGCUUACGAAGUUCAGACCCGACGUUCUUAAUCACAUCGAAUCCAUGGAUCAAUUAUUCUUGUUAUGCAUUGAUAAUCGUCUGGGAACUGUAUGUCCGUGAACCAUAGCUUUUAUAUUGUGUGUGUGUGUAUUAAUGUGGAUGUAUAUAAAAGUAAAUGCAGACUUGAUAUCUAGUAUUUUAAGGCUAUAUAUGUGUUAGUAAAAUCAUGUCGAUAUGAAAGUAUUACAAAUCCGUCCUAAUAAAACAUGGACCUUGCUGAAUUAGCCUAAUGACCUCUACUUUGACCGUAACCCGAAUCUU